AUGUAUUGGCUAUUCCGAAAUUUGAGAUUCCUUUUCCUCACUUCUACCAUGGAAUUUGUCACAGCUAAUGAUCAAUGCAGGACAGAAGUAAACAUACAAGGAAUGGCUCUCAAACGCUCUGUCUUUAAAAGAUGGUCAGUGGCGACUCCUCACCUUUGCGAUGUCAAAUGUGGACAAGAGAUCGCGUGCCAAAGUUAUAACUACAAUCGAAAAUACCAAAUGUGUGAACUAAAUAACCGCACCAAGGAGGCGAGACCGGAGAAUUUCCUUUCAGCCCCCUCGUGGUUUUACAUCAGGCGAUUGAACGACAGAGCUCCUUUGGGUUCUAUUCCUGAGUUACCGGCGAUAUCCUGUCUCGAAAUAAAGGCGAGUGAAGGUAAAAACACCAUCAGCGGCAAGUACUGGGUGGAUCCAACAGGCACUGGGAAGGCAAUACUGAUUAACUGUGAUAUGGCUAGCGGGGAUAUGGAUGAAUGUAAAUAUAACAUCAGUGACUGCGAUGUGAAUGCAAACUGCACUAAUACGUACGUUUCUUACAAAUGCACUUGUAAAGCGGGAUACACUGGCGAUGGACACUCAUGUUCAGCCGAUCCUUGUUAUCAUUAUCACACACUGAGUGACGCCAAUAGAAAGAGCAGUUACUCUACACCGCACCCUGGCCUUGUGUUUUGUGACAACUCAUUUCUCUUUGGGUGGUAUCGUUUUGUGGGAGCUGCAGGAACAAAAAUGCCAACAACGCGUGUGCCAGCAUUCAGAUGUGGUACAGACUGGUCAGGCUGGUUGGAUGGCUCUCAUCCUACCGUGGAAGAUGGUAAAGUUCGAAGGUUGGUCUGCUUUAGUGAUCGAUCUACUGGUUGCAAAUUCUCAACAGAAAUUUCUUUAAAAAACUGUGGAUCCUACUUCAUCUACAAACUUCUCCCACUUGAAUGUAACUCACGCUACUGUGGUACAGACUAA